AUGCUUUUUAGGGACUCGAAUGAACCCGAUCGAGUUCUCACUCGCAACCCCAAUGACUCCUUGAACAUGUCAAACGCGUCUGAAAGCGAAGACGACGUUCAGCGGUCGAGUUUCACAAUCGAGUGCAGCUUUUGCGGCACUGCGGGAGGAAGUCUUCCUUUCCCUGCUGCCGGGUGCGGCUUCUCACCGCAAAACGAUGCCAACCUCUGUGUCACCCAGGUUGAAAAUGCUCCCGCUGUCCUCAAGCUCACUGAGUGCAGUCAGGACAAGGGGGGCAUAUUCUUUUCGUUCUUCUUUUAA